CGUUACUGACCCAGUGCGCACGCGCACGACGCAGUUUCACGCUUACGCCAGCGUCGACCGAACGCCACCAUGUUCUUCGAGAGCUUCCUCAUCAACUUCUUCGUCAUCCUCGUCCUCCUGGUGGCCCUCACCUUCGACUAUAUCACCAAGUUCUUCAGCUAUUGGUACAUCCGCCACGUCCCCUACAAAACAUGUAUCCCAUUUUUCGGGUCCGAUUACCACAGAGUCUUAGGAAUCAGAAGUAAUACGGAAGAAGUGAAUAAUUUCUACGAGAAUUACCCAAAGGAAAAGUUUGCCGGAGCAGUCAAAAGCCGAAUUCCCGACCUCAUUGUUCGAGACCCGGAUGCAGUAAAAAGGAUGUUGUCAACGGAUUUUGCAAAUUUCCAUAGUCGAGGCCUCGGCUUGGACAAAUCUCAAGAUGUUUGUUUACGAAACAAUUUGUUUUACGCCGACGGAGAAAAGUGGACCUUAUUGCGACGCGGAAUAGAAACGCUAAUCCAAAACAUGGAGUGGACGCAGAGAGAUUUAAAUGAAUGUUUGCCGGGAACAAAUGGAGACGUUAUCGUUCAGCAUUUGUUGUCAAAGGUACUGGAUUUAAUAUUCAACGAUUUGUUACUGGACGGCUCCGAUGCAUCGGUUAUACGGAACCUGAGAUCAGCGCAUAGUCUUUCUCUGUCGAACAAAUUGAAAACGUACUUGAAAAAUGUGUUUCCAUUAUUAUACGAGCUGUUUGGGUUGCAAACGUUGCCGGGGGAGCCGUCCAAAGAAACUCAGACAGCGUUACAAGGAUCCAAACUGCUCGGGAAAAUAAAGCAAGGAUCUGUUUUUCAAAUGGGAAUAAAGGAAAAAGACAGAAGGAACACUAACGAGGCUGACUUUGCGUUUUCUUCGCUGGCUAUGUUCAUAAAUGAAGGAUAUUUACCGUGCUUAUAUACACUGACGUCGAUGCUAUAUGAGUUGGCGAAAUAUCCCGAGGUUCAAAAGAAAGUUAGACAGUCAAUUGGAAAUAAUGAAGACUAUUUAGAUGCUGUCGUAAAAGAGUCAUUAAGGCUACAUCCAGCGUAUUCAGUAAUAAGUAGACAGUGCGUGAAGAUGUACCAAUAUCCUGAGAACAAGUUGGUGAUUGACAAAAAGGUCACAAUAAAUGUUCCAGUGGAAGCGAUACAUAGAGAUGAAAAAUAUCAUGAAAAACCCACCGUGUUCAAUCCAGAAAGGUUCCUGAGUAACUAUGAUGACAAUACAUAUUUACCUUUUGGACUUGGGCCGAGAAAAUGUGUUGGCGACAAGCUCUCCCAGCAGAUAAUCAAAGACGUAGCUCGCAGCAUCCUGAAGAAGUAUGAAGUAUCUCCGUGUGAUAAGACCCCUGCUUCCCUGCCCGUGACGGACCACAACUUUGGACGAGCUGUCGCUCAAGAUGUGUGGCUGAGAUUCAGGACUGUUGCGUCUUAAGAUAAGAGGAUUCUGAAUUUCCAGACUUCGAGAAAAGGAUUCAAAAAUCGAAUUCAUCUCACAUGCCCCUUGCAUUUAUUAUUUAUAUUUAGCGUAUAAAAUUUACAAUAAUUUAGCAUAAGUGGUAUUUAUAACUUAGUCUUUAUAAGUACCUAUUAUUUGUCAAAUAAUUAACGUUAAUUGAAAUGUGCUUCUUUUUUGUACUAAAUACGUGGUAAGGGUUGUAAAAAAGGAAAACUAUUUUUCUAUAAUAAAAGUGUCGAAAAUGUAAAUUACAUAUUAAAUUAUAACGAAAGCUAAAUUCAAAUUCAAAAUUCAAAUUCAAAUAAUUUAUUCAGAAAUUAGACCUUCACAGGCACUUUUUCUUGUAAUUUUUUUUUUAUUUAUAGUUAUUUCUCACAAGCUACAAAGUCAUACACACAACAAUUGUUUAAUUAGCUAAAAGAUUUAUCAGUUUUUGUGUAUAACCCAUAAAUCAUAAACGUUCAUAUGAGUAAAAUAUAAAAUACAAUACUGGUAUUUGGGCGCAUUGAAAUCUAAAAUAAAUUAUCUAUUCAAAUA